AACCCCCAAAAAAAAAAAAAACCCUCGACAGCUCUCUGAACAAUGGCGAAGAACAGGAACAAGAAGAAGCGAAACGCUGCCGAUUCAAUGGACAUCACCGAAGUUAUCGUUUCAGACAUCCCUCAAGCAAUGGACACGUCAGAAUCUGUUGCUAAGAUCUCAGCCUCUGCUGCUCACGUAAAAAAGGUGAAGGGAAGACCAAUGAAGAGAGCAAAGAAUGCUCGAAAGAUGAAAGCCAUUGCAAAAGCUAUAUCUAAAAAUGAGAAGUGUGUUGAGAAAACUUUAAAGCAUGAAGGAAAAAAGUUGAAAACACAAUCUGCCAAAAUGUUGUAUGACUAAGGAACUGAGGCUUCCAAUCUACAUGACCAUAUCAUAGAAAUUUCAUAGAAUCAUCAAAUCCAUUAUGUAAUCUCUGCAUCAGUUUUGCUAUUAUUUCCUUUACAACAGGGUAAUUAAUAUAGAUUUUAUUUUUGGCUCUUAGCUUUAGAGUCUAUUACU